CUGGUUCAUCCUUGCCUGUUACUUUCUUAAGACCUCUAGGAUACGUUGUUAUCAUUGCUCUCUUACUCGGAGAUACCGAAUAUACGUAUACUUUUCGUAGAAAUACAUUAUCCCCAUUUUUUUUCCCUUUUUUUAAUUUUAAUUUUAAUUUCUUUUUUUCUAUUCCUUUCCCUUCUUGCUUAGAAUAAGAAUAAAGCCCCUAAUUAACCGAACUUUUACAUCUCUCUUAAUAUUUUUCCUCAAAAUUCCUAAACCCUAACUUUUUUCUCUCUCUGAUGGCGACGGCGCGUGAGGAAAGUAAUCCGUACGACGGCGGAUUGGGAGCUGGAGGAAAGUUCAGGAAACGGCCGUUUCUAAGGAUAAUAAAAACGACGCCAUACGAUCGACCACCGACUGCGAUAAGGAACCCCGGCGGUACCGGCUAUAGAAAUGGUUGGUUAUCGAAAUUGGUUGAUCCAGCGCAGAGAAUUAUUACUUCAACUGCUCACAGGCUCUUUGCCUCCGUCUUUAGGAAACGCCUCCCUCCUCCACCGCCUCAUCCAUCGCAAGGGGCGGACUCUGAGACUAAUCAGGAAGCAAUGGAGAAUCCACCAGAAGCAACUUCAACAGUCCCUCCUGUUGUGCAAGGAACUGUCAUAGGAUGUGAGUAUCGUGGUAAUCAUAUUGAUGAAGGUGGAGUUGCUGAACUUGAGGAAAUUUUAAAGCAGAAGACAUUUACCAGAUCUGAAAUUGCUCGUUUGACUAGUUUACUACAUUCAAGAACCGUUGAUAUUCCUGGUGGAAAUGAGGAAAAGAGGUCUGAAGUGAAACCAGUGGCAUCACAUGACAAGAAAGAAUUUCCAAAGACCCCAGUUGGAGAAAAUGUGACUGAGAACCAUCUUAUUUCAACACCUGUUGUCAGCCCAACUGUCCUUGACGGGGAUGUUGCUUCACCUGCUGAGCUUGCAAAAGCUUACAUGGGCAGUAGGCCUUCAAAAGUAUCUGUAUCAAUGCUUGGAUUACAAAAUCAAGUGCCUAGGGGAGAUUCAGCUUUGCCGAGAAAUAAAAUUUUCCCUUCUAAGUCAUCCACAAUUUCACUUGUGCCAAGAUCUUCUGGCAAUGUUGGGAGUCUUGGAAAUGGUUAUGUGAGCCCAAGAUCGUGGGGCAGGUCUGCGAUAUAUAGUAUGGCACGAACACCUUAUUCCAGGGUUAACUUAGCAACUGUUCUCAAGAGUGCUGCCACUGCAAGUGAUGCAUUUGGUGGACCAUCAUCCUCAUCUCAGAGUGCAGGGGAGCAAAACAGAAUUUCUAGCACUAGACAAGGGGUUUUAAAGCGCAGGAGUUCGGUAUUAGACAAUGAUAUCGGAUCAAUUGGCCCUAUUCGCCGGAUUCGUCAAAAGUCUAACCUUCUUUCUUCAAAAAACUUAAGUUUACCUGCUUCUGGUGGUCCUCUAUCUACCCAUGUAGCUGGCACUAGUUCAGCUGGUUUGGAUACUCUAGCCAAGAAUGGGGAUAACAGCACUCCUGGCACAAGUUUUACCCCUGUUCCAUCCAAGUCCAGUGAGAUGGCUUCAAAAAUUUUACAGCAACUUGACAAGUUGGUCUCCCCUGGGGAAAAAUCACCAACUAAGUUGUCACCAUCUAUGCUACGUGGGCAGGCUCUUAAAAGCCUUGAGAAUGUAGAUUCUACAAAAUUUGUGGAGAACAAGCAUGAUAGUAAGAAAUUGAGUGGUUCUCACGCAGCACUGCCUGAUAUUCAAGACUAUAUGUCUCACAAGCGUGAUAAAGAAAAUGGCUCAACAACAUUUGUUUCUCUCUUUGACAAGUCAGUUCCUGCAGUAAAUUGUGUAGAUAGUAAUAGUUUAAUAAAGGAUAAUAAUGUGGCUAGUGUUAAAGCUGCUGAUUCCACUGUGAUCAAGUCUGUUGUACAGCUACCUCAACAAAAUAGACAGGCUUUUCAAAUGAGUGCACAUGAGGAUUAUCUGGAUCUGGAUGAUGAUGACUAUACUAGUGGAUUCGCAUCCCCUACAUUUGGUGAAGGGAGAGAGAUGUUGGAUAAUUGUGUCUUGGGGAGUAAGAGUGCUGCUCCUGAAGCUAUAGUAGAGAAGCCUUUUAGUCUUUCUGAAGUUAAGCCUAUUUCAAGUGCUUCAUUCAACCAAAAUCCUGAUUUGAGAAAAUCUGAUGGAUCAGCAGUUGCACAGGUGGCCACUUCAUCUAUGCAGUCAGCAUUUGUAGUUGCUCAGUCAACUCCAACAGCCAAUAAAGAUGCUGUCUCUAAGGAAUCAAAUGCCCCUUCUCCUACGCAUAGCAUUGGGGAGAAAGUUGCGCCUGCAAAGCUGUCAGAUGCUGCUGUUCCCACAUUUGGAUUUGCCUCUACAAAUAUUGGUGAGGUUUUAUCAGUUACUGGAACUUCAGGUGUUAAGCUUGCCACAAGUUCAGACCAAAAACUAGAGAACUCAAGCAGCUUUGCUAUUAUCGCUCCUGGUACAACCAAUUUUUUGUCAGAUAAAACUGAUAAGGACAAUGCUCUGAAUGGGAUCUUCUUCAGGACACCUGAAACUACAGUCACCUCUGCCAUAUCAACUUCGACAUCCGAUGGAAGCGUCUUCAAGUUUGGUGCCUCAGCAAAUAGUUCUACUUUAAAUAAUGGGUCUCUUGCUUCAUGUCCUUUUUCGUUCUCUUCACCUGCACCAUCUCUAGUCUCAAAUAAUGGUCAAAGUUCAUCCAAUAGCUCUACCAACUAUAUGUCCACCACCAAUAGUGACACUUCUGCUGCUGCCACCACUUCUGCAACUGCCAAUGCCACCAUCAGCAGUACUGGCAGCCCCUCUAUGGAGGCUUCAUUCCCUUCCUUUACAGAUGCACCUGUUUUCAAACUUGCAUCCUCUGGGGACCCAACAGCUUCAGUUUCAACAUUAUCAGCAACUUCAGGGGAAGCAACUGAAGCUAAGACCCAGGACAGAAGCCUUGGUAAUGUAGGCAUUGCUCCUUUUGUUAGUGCAUCUGCUUUUACCAGCUCCGGAAGUAGUAUUUUUGGUGGUAGAUCUGAAGUUACAGGCACUGUGAGCAGCACGACUGGUGGUACAACAGCUGCAGUCACAAUCUCUGGAAAUAGCAGUUUCAUUGGUAUAUCUUCCACCAUCACAAACUGCGGAAGUGGCCUUUUCAACAGCACAUUUUCCACAGAGACAAGCACAGGCAAUGGUAUCUUUGGUGGCACAUCUGCAACUACAGGCACGGGCAGUAGUAUUUUUGGUGGUACAUCUUUGCCAAUAGCUAGUACAGGAAGUAGUAUUUUUUCCACUACAUCUGCAAUCACGAGCACAGGAAGCAACAUCUUUGGAUUCAGUGCUCCAUCUGCAUCCACAUCUAGUACAGAGACUCAGGGUAUAAAUCCUUUUAAUGCUGUUAAUACCCAAGCAUCUGCAGCUGGAACUGGCAUUGGUACCUCAACUCAAAGCAUGCCCAUUCAGUUUUCUUCAUCUGCAUCAUGUCCAUCAUUUGGACUGGCUGUGAAUACAACUUUUUCCUCUGGCAGUUCAAUGUUUGGGUCAUCAGCAUCUGUAGCUAAACCUUUUGGUUCAGGGGCUACAUUUGGAAUGAGUUCUUCCUCUUUAGAAAUCAACUCUCUUAGCUCUAGCAGUGGCAUGCCUGCUGGCACAUUUGGUUCCAAUUGGCAAGCCCCUAAGUCGUCCAUAUUUGGUUCUUCAUCAAUGGGGUUUUCCUCUGGAUCAUCAGCUUCUCUUAGUGCUCCUAGCGGUGCACCUACUAUCUUUGGGUCAUCCACUGGUGCCUCUUCAAGUUCUGUAUUUUCAUUCACUUCAGCUGCGGCUGCUACUCCAUCACAGCCUGUGUUUGGUAACACUAGUCCUAGCUUGAUGUUUGGGUCAACUCUCUCUAGUAAUAGUGAUCAUAUGGAAGAUAGUAUGGCUGAGGACACAGUUCAGGCUGCAACAACUGUUCCGACAUUUGGUCAACAGCCAAUCUCACCACCUGCUUCUGGGUUUGUUUUUGGUUCAUCAAACCCAUCAGGAGCCAGUUCUUUCCAAUUUGGAGGGCCACCACGCAUAGCCACACCACAGAAUCCAUCUCCAUUUCAGGCAUCUGGUAGUCUGGAAUUUGGUGCCGGAGGGAGCUUCUCAUUGGGCACCGGUGGCAGUGACAAGUCUGGCAGAAAAUAUGUGCGGGUCCGCAAGCAGCGGAAGAAGUAAAAUGGUUUGAUUACAUUAGGGAUUCUUUCAUGAGAGAGGCCUCGUGAUUGAUUGAAUAAUUAUCAAGGCAGAUGAGAGAACAGCUGCCGAUUGUUGCUGUAGUUGGUAGCCUUCUGAAAUUGUUUGGUGCAGCAGAAGUGUUGACCGGGUCAUUUGGAACAUUCAAAAUGGUGCUGAUGCUAUUUGAUCAGUCAAUUUUUCCUUCAUUUCUUUGGGCUGCUGUCGGAAGCUUGUCACAAUUUUGUAUGGUCUUCCUAGUAAAAAUUGAGAGAACAUUUGUACUGUACUAGUAGUAGCAUAAUUAGCCGAUAGAGUUUUGAGGUUUGAGCAAUUGUGCUUUUGACCUUGUUGUGUACCCUUAUCCUAUGUAACAUAAAAAAAACAAUGGAAAUGGCUAUGAAUUUCAUUUUUAGAGAGAAAUCUCCUCUUGAGUUCAUUACCUUCGGGCAGUAUCAUCAAUGAAAAUAUGCCUUGCCAAGUACGGUAUUUUAUCAGUUUCAAACGUCUCGAGCUUGCUAAAUCAAUGAUUAUAAUG